GCACAGGUUUUUUUUUAUUCUAACAUAAUAAUAGUAUAACAUUAGCUGAGCAUGAAAACCGGUACUCUUAUAAUAUUGACAUGUAAAACGUAGCAAAAAAAUGUAAUCUUUUGAUUUGCGGUCAACUACACUAAUCUUGAAAUGCUCAAUCGUCUGUAACCAUUCAAGAAAUACCUAAACAUGAGAAUAUAUGACCACCAAUAGUAUUGCAACCUUUAAUUUUUUUUUGGUUUACUCGUACUCUGUGUACAUAUUUGUGUAUAACUCAGCUAUGAAGACCGUAAGACGUAUUUAAAAACUAAUUGUUUAACCGAAAAACCCGAAGACACUAUGGUUGAAUCGCAUCGACUUCUGCGGGUUUGCUUGCUGAUCGGAUUGUUCACGAAUGCGAUUUGUCUGCGAAACAUUGAUCAGUCAAGACUGAUAGCGGAUAGGCCCAAAAGCAUCAUUAAACCUUCAUCGCUAUGGGACCAAAACAAUUCGAACAAUUGGAAACACAAGCAAGCCGCCGUGCCACCGUACGCUGUGAAAAUGGAACCUAUGGUACACUAUUCGCAGCAGGAUCCCCUUUACCUCAACGCUGCUGCUGCUGCCAAUAACGCUUCUUUAGGGAAAUUACUCGUCAGCAGCGGCUAUGUAGGUGGUUCUGAACCGAGAAUAUCCACAGACUACGGGGUGCCCGGCACCGGUUAUGGCGUGCCAUUUCAACACGACUAUUACAAAGAGCCAGAACCGAUUAUCGAAAUUAUCAUAAAAGAGUCGAACGAAUCGCUGCCGGCGCCGCCCACGCCACCGCCUACACCUGUUACGCGUCCCCCGAAGGAACCGGUUCAGGUGUUCUACGUGAAAUACAAGAAAAAUCCGAAUUCGUACGGCGACAAAGAAGAUGAUAUCAUCUACGAGCCGCCCGUGCCGGCCAUAACGCCCAGUUCCGAAACGGCGAGUGAAAGUGAAACGACAUACGCUACAGAAGUCGCACCGCAAUACAGUUACGCCACGGAAGCGCCGACUUCUAGCACGACGUUCAGGACGAUAAUAAAACCAGACUCCGAGGUGUACCACGGAACCGGUCUUCGAGUGACGUUUGGGAAAACCGAAGAAAAAUGGGGGUCCACGUUGGACGAAGCGCAAAAAAGAGAUUCGGUCAGCGAACCGAGCGAACAACAACGUAAGUUCAAAAAUGCGGAUCAAGAGUUCAAAAGAAGUUACGUUCAACCUCCUCCUCCUAAUGCACAACAUGCAGAUUAUCAAAGGAGUAAUAAUUUUGAAUCGCCACAGAUUUCCAAUCAGCCUCAACCAAACAGCAAUAACCAGAGACCUAACUUUGAACAUCCAACACAACAACAAUCGUUUAAAAACCCUGAACCUCAAGUUCAAACUUUUUUCAGAGAAGAACACCCCCAUUCAAAUUUCCAAGGCCCAGUGCCUAUUCGUGAUCCAACAUCAAGUAAACAACAAUAUAAACCGCAACAAAACAAUUUUGCAGGUAUCGUAGAACAAAAACCACAACAACUUAAUGAUAAUUUACCACAACAGUUUAAUCCUCAAAGGGUUCCAGCUUUCCAAUUAAACCCACCACCUAGGAACCCAGGCACGUUUAUCGAAAGACCAGUCCAGCCUAAUCAAGAAAGAUUUGUCCAGCCUAAUCAAGAAAGACUUGUCCAGCCUAAUCAAGAAAGAUUUGUCCAGCCUAAUCAAGAAAGACCAUUUUUAAAUAAUCCUUUUGAAAAUCGCCCAAACCCAAACCACCCCCUUGAAAAUAGACCUCCGCAAGAAAUUAUUUUUGAUAAUAAACCUUUCGAAAGUCGUCCUAUUUCGGACCAACCUUUUGAUAAUCGACCUGGUCAGAAUAGACCAUUUGAAUCACAACCUAUUCAAAAUAGACCUUUAGAGAUCCGGCCUACUCAAAACCGUCCAAUUUUAAACCGUCCGUUUGAAAAUAACGCAAAUCAAGAUAGACCGUUUGAAAACAGGGGCAAUCAAAACAUUAUCAAUUUCAGACCACAUAAUCCUCCAACCAAUCCGCCGAGUGUACCACCAAAUUCAAACAAUCCAUUUGUGCCAAGCGAUAGACGGCCACCUGUUCAACCUCCACAAUUUCCAGUUAAUUUCAACAACCAACCCGUCGGUACUAAACAUACAGUAGAUUUGAAAUUUCCCCCACAGCAACAUCAGCAGCAGCAGCAACAACAACCGCAGAAAAUUCAGCAAUCUCAAUUCCAAGCCCCACAAUUCCACCAACCACAAUUUCAUCAACCCCAAUUUCAACAAAUUCAGUUCCAGCAACCGCAAUUUCAACAGCCACAGCUGUUUCAACAACAACCUUUUCAACAAAUACAAUUUCAACAACAGUACAGACCGGAAAUCCGUUUACCCAUAAGCAACAACCCAACAAUAUUUCAACAACAACCACAAUUCAAUCCGGAAGUUAAGUCGGCCGUUACACAGUUCCAACAACAGCCAUUAAAGUCGCAACAGUUUAACUCUGAAAACGUCAAAGCUACAUCAAUUCCUCAAUUUCAUUUGACUCCGUCGAGUGGAUUCAAACUGGAAACACAUCACCAAUCAGCUCAAUCUGGUCAAUUUAUAGAAAAUUAUAACAAACAUCAACCAAAACAACCGGAACAAAAUUCUUUCCGUACAGACAACGGUCCGUGGCAAGUAAUGAAUCAUCCUCAGCAUUUUGCUAAACUUCAAGAAAACAAAGAAACCGCCAGCGCGAGCACGGUGAAAAACGCUAUAGACGCUACACACAAGACCAUACUUAAGACCACUGAAAAACCUGUAUCCUAUGUAACGUCUCAGUACAAAGACCGCAGCACACUAGCUUCCACGACUGGCCCUCCGCCGCCUAAACCGACAGCCGCAGAACCGACCAAAAACGAGUCGACGAAAACAAAUACCAAAAACAUUGCCGCUCUUCCCGACGAAGUCCCGGACGAACUCCGGGAACAACUGCUUUCGUCUGGUAUUCUGAGUAACGCCGACAUUCAAAUAUUGGACUACGACAAAGUCGGCGACAUACCGAUCGAAAGUUUGCCUCCAGAAGCUUUGGAAAAUUUAUACGGACAAGGCAGUGCCCCGGUGCCGUCGAUUGCGCUUCCGCCAAACAGCACAAACGUCCAAAUGAAAGUCAUCAAAUACGAUCCGGCAACCGAGGAAGGUAAAAAUAUCGAAAACAAAUAUGUUGCGGACAGGCCAAAAGCUCAAACACUCAAUCCGGUCGUUUUAAACGACACCGGAUACAAUCGGUUUCUACCGCUUAACGUGAACGGUUCACAGUUCCCAAUACCCAACUCGCCGUUAUUGAAAAACAAGGCCAUCGGAAGUGUAGUGAUUCUGUCGCCCGUGGGUUAUGAUUUGCCGGAAGAUCAGAGCCGGUCGUCCAGAAAUACCGCGGUCAAAGUGAAAGGCGUUCAUUUCAUCGUAGGCGACGUGGUCAAGAACCUUGUCAAGGAUCCGAGUGCAAGUAAUUUCCAGACUUGGCUAGAAAAAGAGAAAAAUACCCCGACCAACGAGCAGUCCGUUAUCCUCUUGGUCACAAAGCCAAUCGGUAAAGCGAGUGGAAAAGAAAUUUACAUGUACGACGUGACACACAACCGGGUCAGUAAAUUGUCCGGUGAGCUAAGUGCGACUUUCGUGGACGUGGCCGAGUCUAACUCGCAGAGUCACGACUUGGAUAACUUAUCGUCGGACGAGGAAGCGGACGUGGUUGUGUCCGGAAGUAGUGCAAACAAUGAUCCCCGCAUCGUAUCCGGUUACAGUAAAAUGAAUAAUAAUAACUCGGCGAGUAGGAAAAAUGGCGCAAGCGAUAAUUAGACUGAUCUAAUAUGAAUACUUUAAAAAUGUAUUUAAUUGUUUUUAAAAAUAAUCGGUUUGCAAAAAGUAAUCGAAGCAAAUUAUCAACUAUUUAUAAUAACGACAUCAAUAGUAAUUUAUAUCAAUGCAUUAUAUAAACGAUAUCAGUGUUUUAUAUAUAUACAACAACAGAAACACCGAUAAUUAAUAAUUGUAAUUUUUUUUUUUUCAUUUACCCGAUUGGUAUUUCUUUUUGACAAAUUAAUCACUUAAUAUAAAAAAAAUUAGGAAAACUGCGCAGAGAAACGAUACGAAAUCGUGCGUUCAAAAAAUGUGUAUAGCUACAAUACUUAUGUUAGUUAUAUUAUUGUGUUUCAUUGUAUAAAUUAUGUUUGCAUAAAUAUCGACAAUUAUAAUAUUGUUUUGGAGUUAUUAUUGUAAUUUAUGAUAAAUCAAGUGACUUUUUCAACCAACUUUACCUGUUAAAUAUACUACAUAAUAAAUAAUUACUUGGAUUGAAA